UUGAGAAGUUGGAUGAAUGGCUUCAAUGAAGAAGACGUUUUCCUCCGCCGCGGUGCAGCACAAUAAGUCUCUGACAUGUUCCGUCCAGCUGGACAUUCAGGCUGUCACGUGUCCAGGAGUGCUCCUGACGAGAAGCAACGACAUCUACCUCAGUGUUCGGGUCAUGGGCCAGUACAGGAAGACCCCCUGUGUGCCGCCUGUGUUCCCUUUGCUCUUCCGCCAUAAAAUGUCUUUCGUCAAGACUUUCCCUGGUGUUGUUGACCCUGCUGAUGUAGCUGACCUCCUGGAAGCUGACACAACAUCUUUUGAGCUGAUUCAGUCGGUACCUCCAGAGGGUGAAGUCCUUGCCACAAUGGAGGACAGCAGCAGAGAUUUCCUGUACCCUGGUCCCAGACUGGGCUCCAGAGAAGGAGCUGUCGAGAGAGACAUACUGAUGAAGAGAUCCUCCUCCUUUCCUGGAAUCUCCCCCAAAGUGGAGUUUGCCACGACAUCAGUCAUAGAAGAGAGUGAUGGGAGAGACAGCCUCCCUGCCUCACCUACUUGCUGUCGUUCUCCAGCGAGGCCUUCUUUAACCCCGUCCAGGCAGACUCCGGCAAAACAGUCGUCGCCGUCUGGCGUGCGUUGUUCCGAAUCGGCUGAAGCAAAACGUGUCUCCUGGAAAGGGGCCGAGGAAAGGCUCAGAGUCGAGGCUGGAAUGACAAGCUCCGCCCCGACCUCGACGGCCGCAUCUGGCCGAAGUCUCCACAAAGACGAGGGGGAAAGAAGACGAGCCGCUUCUCCGGGAGCUGGUGUGGCGUCUGGCUACCGGCAGCCCACCGUGUCCUCGAGGACGCGCUCCUUGUCCCCUUACACCCACCGCAGGAUGUGCCAGCUGUCAGAGGACACCGGGCAACGGCUCGGCCACCUCCAGCUGGGCCCUCACCGCUUCAGGAAGGAGUCCGAGAGCCAGCCGCCCUUCCUGGUCCCUCGUUGCAGUCGAGCCUCCGUGGGGGGAACUCCGUCCUCCGCUGACGGUCGUCUCCAUCGACGCUCCGUCAGCCUCACGGCGGAUCACACGGAUUCUUCUCUCCAAGGGAGCUUCAGACCAAGAGCAGCCACAGUGCAGUCCGGCUCUGUGAGGGCCCCGUUGUCUCCAGAGACGCAGUCCAGACCCGAGGCCCGGACCAGAAGCCCCGCCUCCGCUCGGUCCACACCGACGGUGUCGAACUCCAGAAGGGCUCUGAGCCUGAGCUACUCCCUCAGAGAAAGGCUCCAGACCAGUCAGCCCAGUCCCUCCUACUGGGAGAUCCACAGGAGAGUUGAAAGGAUUCUGCAGACACACAAAACCACCUCGAACAGCUGAGCUGUCACGUCCUCAACCUGCUGAUUGUUAACGUAACAACUGCAUCAGUCAGCGAGUCCAAAAGGUUCAGACACGUCUUCAUUUAUCUUCUUUUGGUGUUCAGUUAAAACUCAAAACCCUCCAGAGCACCUGCUGCGCUCGUCUUUGUUUCUCUUAAAAGAAAGUCGACUAGCACGGGUGACAUUUAGAAGCACAGCAGCACUGCUUCCCUCCCACCCAUCAGCUGGGUAGUUUUUGUGAUUUAAACAUUCCAACGGUAAAAACCAAACGGAGACGUUGUCGAAUUUCUCUAAAGCUGUGUGUGGAGUAGGCUCCGGGAUAAAGAAGCAACAUUUAGAGUGUGUGUGUGUGCGUGUGCGUGAACAAGGAGGCAUGGUGGAUGUAAGCUGCAGCUGUUCAGGGCUCGUCUCUCACAACACAAGAAGGGAGCUCAGAGCCAGUCGGGACGCACAAGAGAAGGAAAAGAAGACGCAGAAACUAAGACAUGUGGCCUCAUCAUAAAUUGAGAUUUAUAGUGAACAUGUCUUGAAUAUUGAUAGUGUUUGUAUGUGCUCUUCAUAAUGAACGUGUCACCAUCAUCUUUUAUCAGUGCUAAUGAAGAUGCAGCAUUCUUAAGUGCCGUUUACCACCUGUAUGUAAACCCGCAGAGUAUUAAAAUCUAAAGGAUACUGAA